GAAUUGAAUGGAAUGAGACAGGUGUUUAGGAAGUUUCUUGAGACGAGAAAUUGACUCACUGUUUAUGCAUAGACAUAGAGCUGGAGAGGAUGUGGUUGCUGUUAGCUGCUCAGGUUCAGUACGUGGUCACCUCCUGACGAUACAGGGUAAGGACAGAGACCAAGCCUAAAAGAAAAAAACAAAACAAAACAAAACAAAGAGGGAACUGCAAGUUAUAGGGACGGGGAGCUCGUAAGCACAGCGCAAGGCUGGUAGAUAGUCACUUUCAGGAGACUGUGUUUAGGAUGCAGAUAGCCACUGGAUUUGGUGUUUUUUAAGUCUGUAGGCAUGACACUUGAGCCUCUCUAAACAAGCCUGGCGUUCUCCAAAGUUGAAAUGAAUCUGUACAAGAUUCUGCUCAAACAGUAACAGAAUCCCAAGGAUUCCUGCCUCCCCCUCACCCACUCUGGAGAUCAAAAUCGCUGGGAUUGUUUUAAGAAAGCGGAGACAUGGGGAUGACAGGACAGUAUCUUUUCAUACGGUGAAAGUUAGGAGACCUUUGCCGCACGCUUUAAAACAAACGCACCUGCUCCUUUGAUCCUCCGUGUUUGUGUCACCACAAGCCUGCGUGUCUUCAUAGGAUCGUAGUCAGUGUCAUUUUCACAAAAGGCAGUCGUUUGGAAGCCGAGGGCUCUCGCUAUGUUUUGUUCAAAUAGCCGAGUAAGCCACCGUCUUGGCAAUAACUGCUUCUGCUGCAUUGCUAACGGGGAUCGCGUGCACUCUUUUCGGGUUUAUAUGGAUGUGUAAGGUUGACGAUGUGUCACUCUGUGUGAGGGAGUCGCAUGGCCAUGGGCCUCCCGCACUGUUAAUGGGGACAUGGGACUCCGCUUGCCUCUGAUCUGCGUGGAUUUUCCCGGGGCAGAAAGACAGAAGCUACCAGUGAAGUCGCCGAGACCUACAGCAGGAAUUCUGCGCCAAAGGGCAUCAAAGCUUGCUAUUUGAAUUUGCGUCUGAGAGGAUGUCUGAGCCAGGGGACCUGAGUCAGGCCAUCGCGGAGGAAGGCGGGACGGAGCAGGAAAGGACCACUCCGGAGAAUGGCAUCGUCAAGUCGGAGAGCCUGGAUGAGGAGGAGAAGCUGGAACUGCAGAGGCGGCUGGCAGCUCAGAACCAAGAAAGAAGAAAGUCCAAGUCAGGAGCCGGGAAAGGAAAACUGACCCGCAGUCUUGCUGUCUGUGAAGAAUCUUCAGCCAGACCAGCAGGGGAAAGUCUCCAAGAUCAGGAAUCAAUUCAUUUACAGCUUUCCAGUUUCCCCAGCCUGCAAGAGGAGGAUAAAUCUAGGAAAGAUGACCCUGAAAGAGAAAAAGAAAAGGAUAAAAACAAAGAUAAAUCCUCUGAAAAACCCAAGAUCAGAAUGUUAUCAAAAGAUUGCAGCCAAGAAUACACGGAUUCUACAGGCAUAGACUUACAUGAGUUUCUGAUUAACACGCUAAAGAAUAAUUCCAGGGAUAGGAUGAUACUCUUGAAAAUGGAGCAGGAGAUUAUUGAUUUCAUCAGUGACAACAAUAACCAUUACAAAAAGUUCCCUCAGAUGUCCUCCUAUCAGAGGAUGCUCGUCCAUCGUGUGGCCGCUUACUUCGGGUUGGACCACAAUGUGGACCAGACAGGGAAGUCUGUCAUCAUCAAUAAGACCAGCAGCACGCGAAUACCAGAGCAAAGGUUUUGUGAACAUUUAAAAGAUGAAAAAGGUGAAGAAUCCCAGAAGCGGUUUAUCUUGAAGAGAGAUAACUCUAGUAUUGAUAAAGAAGACAAUCAGCAAAACAGAAUGCAUCCAUUUAGAGAUGACAGACGAAGUAAAUCAAUUGAAGAGAGAGAAGAGGAGUAUCAGAGAGUGAGGGACAGAAUAUUUGCACACGAUUCAGUUUGCUCCCAGGAAAGCCUUUUUGUGGAAAACAGUAGGCUCUUGGAAGACAGUAACAUAUGCAAUGAGACCUAUAAGAAAAGACAGCUCUUUCGGGGCAACCGAGAUGGCUCGGGGAGAACGUCGGGGAGUCGGCAGAGCAGCUCGGAGAACGAACUCAAGUGGUGCGACCACCAAAGGGCCUGGAGCAGCACGGACUCCGAGAGCUCCAACCGCAAUCUCAAGCCCGCCAUGACCAAGACGGCGAGUUUUGGGGGCAUCACGGUGCUGACCAGGGGUGACAGCACGUCCAGUACCAGGAGUACCGGGAAGCUGUCCAAAGCAGGUAGUUCUGAGUCCUCCAGCAGUGCCGGCUCCUCGGGAUCCCUGUCCCGCACCCACCCGCCUCUCCAGAGCACACCCCUGGUCCCGGGCGUGGCGGCCACUUCUCCUGGCUGCGUGCCCUACCCGGAGAAUGGGAUGGGGGGCCAGGUCGGUCCAGGCAGCACCAGCUACAUCCUCCUUCCACUGGAAGCUGCAACAGGCAUCCCACCCGGAAGCAUCCUUCUGAAUCCGCACACAGGCCAGCCCUUUGUGAAUCCCGAUGGAAGCCCCGCCAUCUACAACCCCCCUGCCAGCCAGCAGCCCCUGCGAGGCGCCGUGGUGGGGCCGGCCCAGCAGCAGCCCCGGCAGCAGCCCUCUCCUCAGCCGCAGCAGCAGGUGCAGCCACCGCAGCCGCAGAUGGCGGGCCCGCUGGUCCCUCAGUCUGUCCAGGGGCUGCAGGCUUCCUCCCAGUCAGUGCAAUAUCCAGCCGUUUCUUUUCCUCCCCAGCAUCUCCUGCCCGUGUCUCCAACGCAGCAGUUCUCCAUGAGAGAAGACGUGGCCACACAGUUCGGUCAGAUGAACCUGAGCCGGCAGUCCUCAGGAGAGACCCCCGAGCCCCCAUCCGGCCCUGUCUACCCACCAUCCCUCAUGCCACAGCCUAACCAACAGCCCAGCUAUGUCAUUGCCUCCACGGGCCAACAGCUCCCCACUGGCGGGUUCUCAGGCUCUGGACCGUCCAUCUCUCAGCAAGUCCUCCAGGCCCCUCCCUCCCCACAGGGAUUUGUGCAACAGCCUCCACCUGCACAGAUGCCCAUAUAUUACUACCCGUCUGGUCAGUACCCUACCUCAACCACGCAGCAGUACCGGCCCAUGGCCUCGGUUCAGUACAGUGCUCAGAGGGGCCAGCAGCUGCCGCAGACAGCACAGCAAGCAGGUUACCAGCCCGUCUUGUCUGGUCAACAGGGGUUCCAAGGCCUGAUGGGAGUGCAGCAGGCUCAGAGUCAGAGCGUCAUGAGCAACCAACCAGGAACUCCGGUGCAAAGUGUGAUGGUCUCCUACCCAACAAUGUCUUCUUAUCAGGUGCCAAUGACCCAGGGUUCUCAAGGACUGCCCCAGCAGUCAUACCAACAGCCAAUCAUGCUACCUAACCAGACAGGUCAAGGGUCACUCCCAGCCACUGGAAUGCCUGUUUACUGUAACGUCACACCGCCGACCCCUCAGAACAACCUUCGGCUGAUUGGCCCACACUGUCCCUCCAGCACUGUCCCCGUGAUGUCAGCUAGCUGCAGGACAAACUGUGCGAGUAUGAGCAAUGCCGGCUGGCAGGUCAAAUUCUGAGCGCUCUGGCUGUGGUACGUUUCUUCAGAUAUUACUCAUGGCCUUUAUGGGAAGAGGAGCAAAAAUGGGAAAACUGGCUGAGGACUUAACUAUUCACUCAACACUCAAAUGAUUGCUGCUGGUAUUCUGUAAAAAAAAACAAACAACAAAACAAAACAAAGACUAAUACACACAUUAGCUGGUUAAUGGUGCAUAUUUCUGUCAUGUCUGCUAGGUAUGCCUUUUAUAGCUUAGCUAGUGACAUGAAUUCAUCAAGGUAAGGUUUUCUCCUACCACUGAAUACCACUGUGUAGACCAUAAUAUCCCUAAUUUGGAUUAUUAGUUUUGUACUUUGUGUUGAGUUUGUGAUGCUAAAAGUAUUUAAAAAUUAUAUACUGAACUCAUACUGUACCAAAGCUGUAAUGGAAAAGCAAAGAAUCGAUGAUUGGAAGGAAUAAUUUAUAUACACUAUAGAGUUUUCUUUUUUUAAUGGAUAUAUACUGUAUUGUAGUGUUCAAUCAAAAAUAAAACUAUUUGACCUUA